AUGAGAGUAAAAUAAUAAAAAAAGAGAACAAAUGUGUUGAAGACCAUAUAUAGUUUCAAAGAAAUUCCUUUUCUUUAAGCGUAAGAAGAAGUUAUAAGAGGGCAUAUUUCUCAGCAUCUUCAAGCAUUUAAUUAUGAUGAUACUAUUUAGCAUUUAUUAAAGCUGAAUUUAUUCGUAGAUAGAUAUAUUAUCUAAAGAUAUUUAAAAAUAUUUAUAUCUUUCUAUUUACCAAGAGACGAGCUCACAUAACCAAAGGAGUUAGUUAGAUUAGAAAGUAGUUAAGGAGGUUUAUUCAAAAAAAUAUCUCCUCAUAUUAGUGAAGAUAUAGUCGAAAUGUAUUAAGAAUUUUUUGCUCACAAAUACUUCUAAAAAUGGAUGGUGAAUUUAAAAAAGAGUUUUAUUAAAUAGAUUGAGAGAUAAAAUUUGGUAAUCUUAUUUAGAAAAGACAACUUCAGGAUAACCAUCUCGUUUAUUUCAAUAAAAACUAUUAGAAAAGAGAGAGAUAAGCAACCAACAAAUACAAAAUGA